AUGGCGAGGUGCAUUGCGUCUAUUACCAUAGCAGCGGGAAGUUGGUUUGUGUGUCCGUCAUGGAGAAUCAGAGCCGGAGUUUUCGCUGAGAUUCUACCGGCUGCCGCUCGGGAAUUCGCCGUUAAGGAAAAGGAGCAUGGCUUCGAAAUGCGAGUAGUUAUAUAGCCAAAACACAGGCAACGUAACCAGGCUCGGGAGGUUCAGGUCACGGGAACAGCGGAGGUCUGUUGCCCGGCGGACCGAGUGUCUUUGCGGGUCAGUGUGGCAAAACAAGAGUCCGUUAACGAGGUGACCAACAGCAUAACACGGAGACUUGAGUACAUUUUACAAAGUGUCAGACAACAUGGUGUCAGUGAAAGAGACACCUCAGUGAGGAGGUUUCUCCACCGGGAGGCAGAACAGUAUCACAUGGAAGCAGAGGUGGAGUUCACUUUCUCUGAUUUUGAUAAGAUGGAGCGAGUGUGUAGCGUCCUGCUGGAGAAGCUGGACAAGAGUGUUUGUGUGGGAACGCCACAUUUCUUCCACAGUGCUGAAAGCCUGAGUCAAUGAGUGGUGUGUUUGUCUGUUCUCUAUAGGCGGCGAGCGUGUGUGUCAGCGGUUGAAAAUGCUCAGCAGAAGGCCUGCGAGGUCAGUCAGCUCCUGGGGCAAACCCUGGGACCCCCCCUUCAGGUCAGGGAGGAGGAGACAAGGGAGUGGAGGAGUGAGGAUGAGGAAGAUGGAGGCAAAUGCCGGGAUUCUGCACCCCUUCCUCACAUUCCCAAUAUCAGAGCCUCCUCACGGGUGUCUGUCUCCUUCAGCCUCAGAGACAGGAGCAGGAAAAAACUGUAAACACAAUCAUUUCCCUGACUCAUGAAACCAAAGAGAGGAUCGUCACAGUUUGAAGUAGUUUUUAUUGCUAAAGUGCAGAUUUUCAAGGUUGUUUUUCCUUCCUCAGCCAACACGGUCUUGUAAACAUCUUCUUUUUUUUAACCAUCGUUUUAUGCAUUGCUGUAAUUUAAAAUCAGUUGAACAUUAAAUGAAAUGUUGGUAA